GCGUACGCUGGCUAGCUGCAUGCACCACACCACAGCCACAGGCGAGGAGUGUAUUCCAAGACAAAAUGAUUGUGUCUCUCGGGGAGGCGUGGAUUGGUAAAGCGGAGCGCGGGGUGCUGCAGAACAUGGGCCUUGACCGAGCCAUUCAGGCGUCCAUCCACACACAAGCACUACUAACCGCUGCACUGUACGUAGGACUCUUCUACUCUCUCGUCCUCUCUCUCCUUCCAUGCAAAAUCUUUUGCCUUUUCCCUCGACUCUCGGUCUCUCUUUCCCAGCUAGCGCCCUUUUGCCAUCUUCCAGGCCUGAUCGACCAGCUCCAUUUCCACACUCCCUUUCCCCUCCUGUCUCCAUUACUCCAGCCUAGUAAUUAUAUUACCCUACUAGCCUUUGCCCCCACAAAGCCAUCGAAAGGCGUGGCAGCCAAGUAACACCAGUAGCUACCAUCAGGUCAGGGCCGGUCAGUGCCAGGUCUAGAGGUAGUACCCCCGCCGGCCGGGGGCGAAUGAAGCGAGAAAAGGCGAGGCCUUUUGGUGUAUAUGUAUAAUCAGGGGGGAGGCCGCCAUAAUUCUUGCGAGCGCCCGGCGAGAUCAUAAGCGAAAGACAAAAAGGCCGAAAGGCGCAUCAUGCUGCCACAUGCCACACCCUAUACAAAAGGUAGCCCUAGACACACCCUGCCGAAGCAUCCAUCUCCCUCCCACACGCAAGCCCCGGGUACUACGCUGCCCGUCCAGCGUUCAAUCGAUCGAUCGAUCCCCGCGGCUCGGUUUGUGUUGCGUUCUUCCAGAUCGAUUUGAUAGAUGGGUGCUCAUGGAGACCACCGCCACCACCACCACCAUCAAGAAGCCGGGGUGCUCGUCGACGAGGAGGAGGAGGAGGUGAUCGAGCAGGCUUGCGGUGGCCCGACGAGCGGCGUGGUGGAGCAAGAGGUGGGGGGAGACGGUGGUGGAGUGUGCCAAGAUGCUGCCGGCAUGGUGUUCGAGGCGACCAGUAGCGUCGGGAGCGUGAGCGCCACCAUGGGGCCGCCGCCGAUCAUGUGCUGGCCACCGCCGGCGCAGCCUGUCCACGGUGCAAUCCACCACCACCACAACCUAGGCGGCGGCGGCGGCCAGCAGAGCCCGUUCUUCCCGCUGCUGCCGCCCCUGCCCCCUCAGCCCCCGCCGCCACCCCCGUUCUUCGCCGACUUCUACGCGCGGCGGGCGCUCCAGUACGCGUACGACCACUCCGGCGGCGCGUCGUCGUCGUCCGACCCGCUCGGCCUCGGCGGGCUCUACAUGGGUCACCACGGCUCCCACGUCGCCGGCAUGAUGAUGCCGCCGCCCUUCGCUCCGUCGCCGUUCGGCGACCUCGGCCGGAUGACCGCGCAGGAGAUCAUGGACGCCAAGGCGCUGGCCGCGUCCAAGAGCCACAGCGAGGCCGAGCGCCGCCGCCGCGAGCGGAUCAACGCGCACCUCGCCCGCCUCCGCAGCCUCCUCCCCAACACAACCAAGACGGACAAGGCGUCGCUGCUCGCGGAGGUGAUCCAGCACGUCAAGGAGCUGAAGCGGCAGACGUCGGAGAUCACGGAGGAGGCGUGCCCGCUCCCCACCGAGUCGGACGAGCUCACCGUCGACGCGUCGAGCGACGAGGACGGGCGCCUCGUCGUGCGCGCGUCGCUCUGCUGCGACGACCGCACCGACCUCCUGCCGGACCUCAUCCGCGCGCUCAAGGCGCUCCGGCUGCGCGCGCUCAAGGCCGAGAUCACCACACUCGGCGGCCGCGUCAAGAACGUGCUCGUCGUCACCGGGGACGACAGCGCCGCCGCCGCCGCCUGGCGGGGACGGACGGGGACGGCGAGCAGCAGGAGGAGGCGAUGCAGGCGCCCAUGUCGCCGCAGCACACGGUCGCGUCCAUCCAGGACGCGCUGCGCGCCGUCAUGGAGCGGACGGCAUCGGCCACCGAGGAGUCCGGGGGGUCGGGCGCCGGCGGUGGGCUCAAGCGGCAGCGCACCACGAGCCUCUCGGCGAUCCUAGAGAACAGGUCUAUCUAAGCAAGCAUCCACACAUGAUGAGAUGUGCAAAACGAAACGAAAAAAAAAAACAGUAAAAACAACGUACACCACACCACAGUCCACACUAUCUCAAAGCUGAUCAUAAUACCAUGCAGCUAGCUAGCUAGAUUAUGGAUCACAUGUUCCCCAAGUACAACCGUUUUCCAUUUCUUUAAUUUUAGUUUUCUCUCCCAUUGAUUUUAUACUAGUACUGCUUUGUGUGUGUGAAUCUUGGUGCUGUAUAUCUGCAUGGCAUCUCUCAGCAAUCAAUACAAGGCCACACUCUUUGUUCAUCUGGCCUGGCAUAAAACUUUUCUUAAUUAAGAGAUCCCUAGAACUAUUUUUAGCAUUGUGAUGUGGGUGAUCUACUGAUCUUCA